GGUUUGCAGCAGCUUCUCUCUGACCAGCCAGUCUGCUCCCCUCCCUGCCUGCCUGCCUGUCUGCCUGCCCGCCUGGCUGCUUGCUUUCACUCCCACCUCCUCAACUGGACUCAAUUGCUAGUAAUUCCCAUAGGUUAGCUGCUAUUGGAGUUUCAGUCAAACACAGAGAGUGAAACCGCAUUGAUCUCACCCCAGAAUCACCCCGGAGGCACAAGCAGCGGAAACGACUCUGUAAGAAAACUGAGAUUGAGGCGAAAGCGUGAAGAUAAAGAAAUCCCCAGAUGGUUUACAGAAACAAAGCCUCCAUGUACUACCUGUGGAGUCGGAGGAAGGACCAAACUCUUCACCUUUCAUCUGCACAAAGAGCCUUUUUCUAAGACAUAAAAGCCUGACUCAACCUGAUAUCAUUGGCCCGCAACAGACUUACUUGAAGUAACAACAACUGGAUUAAAUCGAGUGGGAAAACAAGGGACCACACCACUUUGUCUCACUUAGACAGCAGAAUACCACUGGAAUUAUCAUCUCAAAGAAAACAAACAUCUCCAGAGUGACCAGCUAACCAACGUGUUUUACUGCGACCAGCCGGGGGUUCAGAUAAAUGGCUGAUAAACAGAUCAGUUUGCCUGCCAAAUUGAUCAAUGGAGGGAUUGCCGGGAUUGUCGGAGUGACCUGUGUGUUUCCCAUUGACCUGGCCAAGACUCGCCUGCAAAACCAGCAAAAUGGAUCUCGCCUUUAUACCAGCAUGUCAGACUGCCUUAUUAAGACCAUUCGAUCAGAGGGGUAUUUCGGGAUGUACAGAGGAGCUGCGGUGAACCUAACGCUAGUUACACCAGAGAAGGCUAUCAAAUUGGCUGCUAAUGACUUCUUCAGGCAUCACCUCUCCAAGGAUGGGAAGCUCACUCUGGUCAAAGAGAUGCUGGCUGGGUGCGGAGCAGGUACAUGCCAGGUUAUUGUGACAACUCCUAUGGAGAUGUUGAAAAUCCAGCUGCAGGACGCAGGGAGGCUCGCUGCUCAGAGGAAGCUCAUGCCAGAGACGGUGGCAGCAGGAACUGUGGAGACAAAGUCCCCGACAGCCAUGCAGAUCACCAGACAACUACUGAGGGAAAAGGGUAUUGCUGGACUCUAUAAAGGCCUCAGUGCCACACUGCUCAGGGACGUUCCUUUCUCUGUCAUCUACUUCCCCCUUUUUGCUAAUCUGAAUAACCUGGGGAAGAAAGACGCGGAGGGCCCCGCUCCUUUCUACGUGUCUUUCAUAUCAGGCUGCGUUGCAGGAAGCACAGCGGCUGUUGCAGUCAACCCCGUUGAUGUGAUAAAGACUAGACUUCAGUCCCUGACUCGAGGAAGCACAGAAGACACGUACUCUGGAGUGAUCGACUGUAUCAGGAAAAUCAUGCGCAACGAGGGUCCGUCAGCCUUCCUGAAGGGAGCCUACUGUCGCGCCCUGGUCAUCGCGCCUCUGUUCGGCAUUGCCCAGGUCGUCUACUUCCUGGGCGUGGGCGAAUACAUCCUCAGCUUCUUGCCUAAGAAAAACAACUAAGACGCACCUCUGUUCCGCCUUCCCUCCCGCGAUGCGUUACAUCAGCUCCAUGAGGAUUCGUCUGAUUCUUAGAGUUUUUUUUUUUUUUUCUUUUGGAUCUCAUUUAUUUUUGUUUUUAAAUUGUUGUGCUGAAUGUUCAAAAAGUUCAGAAGGGAGCCUUUGUUUUGCCAAGAUGCCUGUGGCAGCGCACAAGUUUCCAGUUGGCAAGCUACGCCACAGCAGCUUUCUGGAAAUCAUGCUACAAACAGAGGUCUGUAAUUAAAUUUUAUUGUACUUUUAAAUAUGAUUGUCAAUCUUAGCAAAUUAGAUGUACUGCCCUUGGCUGUAGCAGUUCUGCAAGCCCUUCAGUAAUGCCCUUUGGAGGCUUCAUUACCCUUUUAAUAUCAGAACAUCCCGUUGCAUUCGAUGUGAAAUUCCCAUUUUUCCACUGCCCUAAAUUGAGCAAUAAAGUGAAAGUCUUCUGUUAGAAAUAUAUAGAAAAUCUGGAGUAGGCAUGGGCCAGUAUAAAAUUCUCAACUUUGUGUACAAAUACAAUGUUAAACUGGUUUAGACAUAAAUUCUGAAACAGCGAAUCAUAAAAUUCUUUUAAAUUGAAGCAGAAAAUCAGACAAGUAUUGCUACUCCUGCUAAAAUGAUACUACAAUGAGUUAUGAUAUUGUUAAAUAUCAAAUAUUUUACGAUUAAAAAUGUUAAUCUUUUAUUGAUAGAUGCAAGCAAAUAUGCAAGGAUUUAGCUUUAUGUAGAACAUGAAUUAUACUUUUGUGGUUUUGUUGUUUAGAAAGAAAAACGAUAGGGAUCUGAUGAUGUUAUUGGUUAAUUAGCUAUCCUACAACCGGCUGCUGAACAGACAUACCAAAGUGUGACAACAAGUGGAAAUCAUUUGGCUUUCAUGAACAGCAAAUUUUGUUCUUUCUUGAACACAAGGGCAAAAGGUAGCAGCCUUUUUCAGCCAGCUGACCAACAGCGUGCAGAAAUAGUUUGGGGAGGGAAAAUGUGUUGUUGUUUCCAAGGCUCCUCGUUAGAAAGACUUUAAGUUGAAAUAACUGUAUAAUGUAAAUCUUCAGUGAGUUUUAAGCUGUAACCUUUUAAAACCAUGGUAAUACAUUGAUUUCAGUAACCAGCCCAUGCCUAAUCUGGAGCUUUAAUGGACAAACAGACUUUAUGUAAUGAGAGACUACUAAACAGUGGGAGUCUGGUUCAUGCCAAGUCCCAGGGCAGUGUGUUGAUGUGAUACCAGCUCACUCCCUGUGAUCUUUCCAGGGAAUCCACUUUCCUUCCCCUGUACAGUAAGUGGCUGUAAUGAACUCAGCGGUUCGGCUCAGAGCAGGCUUUGAUUGCCUUGGCUUUUUAAGGAGAUCAAGUUCCAUCUGACAUUCAGCUUAGCCAUAGUGGUUCUACUGUUUGGCCUCCCAGAACAAUGUCUUUUUUUUUGCUCUCAUACCAUGCAACUUCUGAUUAUUGUGAACGGCCACAAACUGCGUGUUUCUGAAGUUUAAAUUUGAAACAAAAUCACAGCUGAGUGAUCAUCGAGGGGAUUGCUUUUGAGCUUUAAGACCCCUGUGUGCUGAAAUGUUCUGCAAUCUAUGAUUUACUGUGGGUUUCUAGAUGGUCAGACAUCAUGUUGUGAAACCUGUAGAUGCAGACUUAUUGUUUUUUUUUUGUUUUGUUUUUUUGUUUGUUUACACAAGAGUUUGCUCUUCAUUUUCCAGCUUUGUCCAAACUUGCAUUCAGUGGCAGGACCCAAAGAGCUAAUGAAAACCCUUUUCAUUCAUCUGAAAAGUCAGACCAGUGCGCGCUCAGUGUUGUGCGAUUUGUACCAAACAUUUCUGCUCGUUUGCUUUAGAGGUUUUGUUUGCUUUAAGCCGCCGGGCGAAAAAAAAAA